GAUGGUUUCAACACAGCGCCCCCUCACAGUCAUCUAGUGUUUAUAUAAAUAAUUGGCGUUAACUUAACAAUUGCCCCAAUGGUAUAAAUAAAGUUUGUUUUAUGGAUUAAUUAUAAUGAAUCUCAAAGUCUACAAUCCAUAACAAAUUAGCCUCUAAAAGUUUCCCGACAUUGUUUGAGUGAGAGUAUUGUUCUGAUACGAGAGUCCACGUCCUGUACAAGUCAUCGUAUGACAGGAGGAAGUGAAGUUGCAAGAUAUAGUCAUUUAGCCAGCUAAUCUCAGAUACAUUUUUUUUUAUCAGAGAAGAUAGGUCAGCAAGCAUGCAAAUUAAGAUUGGAAUCAUUGGAGGCUCUGGCCUUGAUGACCCAGACAUAUUGGAGGGAAGGACUGAGAAAUAUGUAGACACACCUUAUGGAAAGCCUUCAGAUGCCCUUAUAAUGGGGAAGAUCAAAAAUGUUGAAUGUGUGCUCCUUGCAAGGCAUGGGAGACAGCACACCAUCAUGCCAACCGACGUCAACUACCAGGCUAACAUCUGGGCGUUGCGAGAGGAGGGCUGCACACAUCUCCUGGUCACCACGGCCUGUGGUUCCCUCCGGGAAGAGAUCCAACCAGGAGACAUCGUCAUCAUCGACCAGUUCAUAGACAGGACGACAAAGAGGGCCCAGACGCUGUACGACGGGCGGCCCACCAGUCCUCCAGGCGUGUCUCACAUCCCCAUGGCUGAGCCCUUCUGCACCCGGACCAGGGAGGUGCUGCUGGAGGUGGCGCGCGGCCUGGGGGUGAAGUGCCACCCGCAGGGUACGGUGCUCACCAUCGAGGGCCCUCGCUUCUCGUCGCGUGCCGAGAGCCUGAUGUUCCGCCAGUGGGGUGCCGACGUUAUCAACAUGACCAGCGUGCCCGAGGUGGUCCUCGCCAAGGAGGCGGGCCUUUGCUAUGCUAGCAUCGCCAUGGCCACCGACUACGACUGCUGGAAGGAGCAUGAGGAGGCUGGCUCCGGUCUUUUCCAUCACAUUCUUGACAAGGUCUGCGUCGACAACGUCCUGAAGACUAUGAAGGAGAAUGCCAACAAGGCCAGCAGUAUCCUGCUCACUGCUAUCCCCUUGAUCUGCACCCAGGAGGACUGGACCCACACCAUAAAGGCUCUGAAGACAACAGCCCAAUCCUCAAUAAUGCUACCAAAACAACAUUGAGAACCACCGAAAAGCCUCUCGCCACCCCUGUAUAUCAGAGAAUGACUUGCAACACACCAGCCACCAAUACCAACAAUGGAUUCAUCUCUCUCUCUCUCGAUUCCUCAUCAGUGAAUCACAAGAAAGUGCCUGAUAUGCAUGUUUUCAUUACUGUACAUUUGCCAGGAUUUCACAACACAUUUGAGUAACAUUACAUCGUUUGCCAGAAGCAUACCAUUCUGCAUCCCACUGCUGGCUUGCCUCUGAAGCUAAGCAGGGUUGUUCCUGGUUGUUCAUGGAUGGGAGACCAGAUGCUGCUGGAAGUGGUGUUGGAGGGUGAAUAGGAGGCAUUCUUUCUUCUGGUCAAAAAAAAAAGGUCCCAAUGCCUCAGGGCAGUGAUUGGGGAAAUUUCCCUGUGUAGGGUGCCGUCUUUAAGAUAGGUGUCCUGACUCUGUGGUCACCUAAAAGAUCCCUGCUAAAAUAAGGGUGAACAUUUCUCUCUCUCUCUCUCUUAUUUAUAUAUAUAUAUAUAUAUAUGAGAGAGAGAGACACUGUUUGUAUACUGUUCAUCCAUGUUUUCAUACUGUAGAUACAUUUUAGAAUGUAACUACGCAUUAAAGUAUGUCUUCUGAAAGAAAGGUUAAAGGACUUAGUUGGUUGUUUUCAUGGAUUGUUUGUAACCGCUAUGGUCUGUACAUGUCUAUGACCAACAAGACUUUUGCACCGAGUUUAAUUGGAACAGGACAUUCAAUCAAAAGCAACUGCCACUUCCGUUGAUAAAGCCUCAAGCCUGUUUAUCCGGCUCUGGGGUGAAGUUUAGUUUAGGUACAUAUCUAGGAUCAGCUUCCCCAAUCCUAACCAUUUAGUGGGGGAAAUGCUAAACUGGCUGAAGACCAGUGACUAGGACCAACUUCACCAUACUGUUUUUCCACUUUGUUGCCCUGAAACAAGGUCAAACCACAUUGUUGAUAGAUUUGGGGCUCUUUACUCCUAAUUAUUAGGUGAGGGAAUAGUGGAUUCAUGGCUCAUAUACUUUCCAUAAAAUAAAAGGCCUUGUUUCAUUAAGACUUCCACUGAGGGCAUUAUCGAUCUGUCUCAUAUCAUGUGACGGGAUCAUCUAAAACUAUCUUCAAAACACUUCAUGUUAACCUAGCAUUUAUUUUUACAUGGAUUCACAGCUGCAGUAUUAUAACGUGCUAAUAGGGUUCACUUCAGGAAGUAGGCUUAACAGUCAACAUGAUGGUGGAUAUUCAGUUAUGAUUGUGUUAGACUGCAUGUACAGGUCAAAUGUGUUUGCAAGUGUGACAAAAUCAAUAAAGUUAUGUAGAUUGGAAA